AAAACAUCGGGAAAAGAAUCUGUAACGGCUCCAUUUCAAUCUAUGUGUUUCUCUUGACCGUUGCAUCCCAUUUCUCUUUAUUUAACCGUUGCUUCUUCUUCUUCUUCCUCAUCACAACCAUCAAGACUGUACUUUCAGAGAGAAGAUCGAGCAAAGCUCAAAAUCCAGAUUAAGAAACCGGCGAUGACUGUGGAGGAUCAAGUUCAGAUUCCAGUGAUGGAAGAAGUGGUUGUUUCAGACAAGGCGGUUGAAGAGCCAUUGAAGUCGGAGAAUGUUGCUGAGCCAGUGAAGGUUGAGAAGAGUUCUUCAUUCAAAGAAGAAAGCAAUUUUCUCUCUGAUUUGAAAGAUCAUGAGAAGAAAGCUUUGAAUGAACUUAAAUCGAAGCUUGAAGAAGCCAUUACUGAAAACACCCUUUUCAAGAAAGAAGAAACCAAGGAGAAAGCUAAAUCACCCAUCAAAAACGCUGAAACGGAGAAGGAGAAGUCUGAACCAGCUAAAGAACAAGAUGAAGUUCCUAUUGUUGAAGAAUCUGAAGAAAAAGAAGCUGAAAUUGUUGAUAAGGAAAUCUCUCUAUGGGGAGUUCCUCUUUUACCCAGUAAAGGAUCAGAAUCAACAGACGUUCUUCUCCUGAAAUUCCUUAGAGCAAGAGAAUUCAAAACCAAUGAAGCUUUUCAGAUGUUGAAGAAAACCCUUCAAUGGAGGAAGGAAUUCAAAGCAGAUUCCCUCAUAAACGAAGAACUUGGCUCAGAUCUUCCUCCCAUUGCUUAUAUGAGUGGAAAAGAUCUCGAAGGUCACCCAAUCUGUUACAAUGUCUUUGGAGCUCUUGAAAGUGAAGAACUUUACCAGAAAGCCUUUGGAACAGAGGAGAAAAGAGACAACUUUUUAAGAUGGAGAUUUCAAUUAAUGGAGAAAGGUAUCCAAGAACUCGAUUUCAAACCAGAAGGUAUCAAUUCCUUGCUUCAAAUCAAUGAUCUGAAAAACUCUCCUGGCCCAUCUAAGAAAGAGCUUCGUUUCGCCACAAAACAAGCUGUUCAUCUUCUCCAAGACAAUUACCCAGAAUUCGUAGCCAGAAACAUAUUCAUCAAUGUCCCAUUCUGGUACUAUGCAUUCAACGCCCUUUUCUCUCCUUUCCUAACCCAAAGAACCAAGAGCAAAAUGGUGGUCGCCCGUCCAGGAAGAACAACAGAGACUCUUCUGAAGUUCAUUCCAAUUGAAGAAAUUCCUGUUGAAUAUGGAGGUUUCAAGAGAGAUAAGAAUGAUUCAAAGUUAUGGGUUGAAGAUAACAAUGGGGUUAAAGAGCUUAUAGUAAAAGGUGGAUCAAUUGAAACAAUUGAGAUAGCUGCACCAGAGAUUGGAACAACAUUUGAAUGGGAUUUGACAGUUUUGGGAUGGGAAGUGAACUAUAAAGAAGAGUUUGUUCCAAGUGAUGAAGGUUCUUAUAGUAUUAUCAUUCAAAAGGUGAAGAAAUUGGGUUUAAAUGAGGGACCAAUUCGAAACACAUUCUGUAACAAUGAACUUGGAAAGAUUGUUCUUACUGUUGAUAACAGUGGAAGCAAGAAGAAGAAGAUCAAGAAGGUUCUGUAUCGACACAAGACUAAGAAUGCAGCUGAAUGAAUGAAAUUAUCAAAAAUUUGAGUGAAUUAUUUAUUUGUUUUAUUAUUAUGAUUAUCAUUAUUCUUUGUAGGAAGAUUGAGUGAAAAAGAGAGUUUUGAGAGGAGGGGGUUGCAUUGGUUUUAUUUUUAUGAAGAUUAUGAAAUUGAUUUUUAUUAUUA